CAAGCCCUCCCAUCAAUCAAAAAUCAUCCUAUAUAGCACCCUCGCCACCGGCUCACCGCAACACGCCUCCCCCAGUCCCACUCCGUUUCCCGAGCACACACGCAGCAUCAUUCACUCACUCACAGGAGCGCUGGCUGGCUAGCUAGCUCCCUUCGCUUCACGUGUCCGUCUCCAUCCCCGGCCACCAACCGUCGCCAACUUGCCAUGGAGAAGACCUAGCCAGCUCGCGCCCUUUGGUCAUUGGGAGUUGGGGGAGAGAUCCACCGGAGGUAGACAAGGCAUGGCAUUGGAGGCCGCGGUGCUCUCCCGCGCUGCUGCUGGUCUCUUCGGUCGCUGCGCCAUGGCGGGGGCGGGGGCGGGGGGAGCUUGGAAUGGUCUGUUCGGCGGCGGCGAAGGGCUGGCGGGCUUGGACGGCGGGGACUGGGACGCCGCCGUCGCGGCGGCGUGCUCGUCGAUGCUGCUGCCUCAAGCUGCGUUCCAGGAGCUGGACAUCUCCGCCGUCGCCGCCACUGCCGCUCCGCAGGAGGAGUCCGGAGGUCGCGGCGAGAUGAGCGCGGCCGGCGUGGGUCAGGAUGAUGCUGCGCCCGUGGCGGCGGCGGCGACGGGGCGGAGGAAGCGGCGGCGGACGAGGAUGGCCAAGAACUCGGAGGAGGUGGAGAGCCAGCGGAUGACCCACAUUGCCGUCGAGCGCAACCGCCGCAAGCAGAUGAACGAGUACCUCGCCGCGCUCCGCUCCCUCAUGCCGCCCUCCUACGCGCAAAGGGGUGAUCAGGCGUCCAUCGUCGGAGGUGCGAUCAACUUCGUCAAGGAGCUGGAGCAGUUGCUCCAGACGCUGGAGACGCACAGGCAGGCCCGGGAACACGCGGCCGCCGUCGACGGCGGGGAAGCGCCGCCACCGCCGUUCGCCAACUUCUUCACCUUCCCGCAGUACUCGAUGAGCGCCACCCCGGCACCGGCACCAGCACCUCCGGCGAACAACGACGAGGGCGCCGACGGCUGCGCCGAGGCGGAGGCGUCGGGAUCAAAGCCGUCGGCGGUGGCGGACGUGGAGGUGACGAUGGUGGAGAGCCACGCGAACCUGCGGAUGCUGUCCCGGCGGCGGCCGAGGCAGCUGCUGCGGCUGCUGGUGGGGCUGCAGGGCCACCGGCUCACGGUGCUGCACCUCAACAUGAGCAGCGCCGGCCACAUGGUGCUCUACUCGCUCAGCCUCAAGGUGGAGGACGAUUGCCAACUUACCUCCGUGGCCGAGAUCGCCACCGCGGCCCAUCAGAUCGUCGAAAAGAUCCAGGAAGAGCAAGAGCUUACUGCGGCGGCUUAGGGCAGCAUCUCACCUCACAUUAUGCAAUGCGCAACAUUAGUUUAUUGUAGCAAGUUAGGCCACUCGUGUGCAAACCAAUAAAGUCCAUCUCUGCAAUGCAAUGCUUAGUGCUGAAUCCAUGGAUGAAAAAUAAUGAAUUUGUUCAUGAUGUGCAUCGGUAGAGAUGUUCCAUGUAGAGUAGCUAGGCAUGUGUUGCUUCUUCUGUUCAAAAUGGGGGGCAUGCAAUAUUGCAAUGCAAUGCAAUGCUUCCAAA